CGUGCCGGGAGCAGCCCCGCGGGGCCAGCCAUGCGCCCUCCGCCUCGCCGGCUUCAGCCCGGGAGCAGGUGAGUGAGAAGGACGCCGGGACACCCGCAAGCAGCUCCGCCUCCCCACGACAGCCUGGGACACUCGCCUACAUCAGGCUCCGUGCAGCGAGAUCACAGGAGUCUCCUCUGCCCGGCGUGAUUUUUGCAGGUGAACUUGGAGGGCAUCUUCAGGUCAUCUUGGAAAGGGGGAAAGGAUGACAAUGAUGGAUCCCCAGUACCAUUCUUGGAUCUUUGUCAAUGAGAGGACAUUCAUAACCAGGGAACAACUUAACUCUUUACUGGAGGCCUAUAAUGUUUUCUAUGAAAACCAGAAAAAUCUGCAUAUUUUGUAUGGACAGACUGAAGAUGGACAACUGAUUGUUGAAGGGAUGCUGGACAUUUUCUGGGGAGUGAAACGACCCAUACAGCUGAAAAUACAAGAUGAGAAGCAAAUCUCUUCUUUUGAUCUGUUGAAGGCAACAGAAACAUUUUCCAGGAAAGGGAGGAUGACUCGCUGGGGAGAGUUUGAUGACCUUUAUCGUAUCAGUGAGCUGGACGGGAGCCAAGUCUUGCUGUCUGAAGGAAGGCAUUCCCCAGAAGACUAUUUAUCUUAUCACAGCACUCUGAAGCCAUACGCAGAGGAAGAGCCGGAGUCCCCACUGCUCUAUAGGACCAUGAGUGAAGCGGCUUUGGUGAGAAGAAGGACGAAGGCUCCAGUGACGUACAGAAAAGACAGACAGAGCCAUAGAGCCUCUAUCAACGGACACUUCUAUAACCACGAGACAUCCAUUUUCACCCCAACCUUCGGAUCAGAAACCAAGGUCAGAACAAACAGCACCAUGAGAACUGAAGAAGUAAUAAAGCAGCUUCUCCACAAGUUUAAGAUUGAGAAUAGCCCUCGGGAUUUUGCUCUUUACAUUAUUUUUGGAACAGGAGAGCAGAGAAAACUAAAGGAGAGCGAUGUCCCACUGCUGCAGAGGCUUCUGCAAGGCCCAUCCAAAAGCAACGCUCGGAUCUUCCUCAUGGAUAAAGACACAGAAGAAAUUAGCAGUGAUGUGGCGCAGUACAUUAAUUUCCACUUUUCCUUCCUGGAAUCCAUUCUCCAGAGAUUAGAUGAAGAAGAGAAAAGGGAGACUGAGAGAAUAAUGGCGAAAUUCAGUACCGAAAGAGCCUUUAUCCUCAAGUGUCUUCAGAGUAAACAGGCAGCAAAAACAGAGACCACAGUCUAGAAGCACAGCACCUGCGCUGACUAGCACACCUCAACAGAGCUGGAGAGGGCACCGUCGGAUGAGCGUCCAGUCUGCCUCUGCAUUCUGGUAUUCAGGACCUGGACGCUGCGGAAAACCGAAUGCCAAACAGCCUGCUUCCUCUUUGAAAGGAUGAGAUUGGCUGUGGUUCAGAGUUGAACUAAGGCAAGAUUGGACUUCAUUUCAGUAACUGAAGGAAGCUUGGAUACUGUGUAUUCCAAAUAGCAUUUAUAGCAAAUUCUUUAGUGAGCUCAGGUUUAAGUGGCCUCUGCUGAUAUCAUGCAGUUUAAACUUUCUUAUCUUAAAAGAAUGGAGACAUUUGCUGACUCAUCAGUGGUUGGAAAUAAACACUUCCAGUCCUUGCUGUCAACAAGACACAUGUUCUCAAGCUACUGAGGACCUGAACUGGCCAUGUUUCAUAGCUGGUAAACUCUCAAGUGCUUUCCUAAAAUUCAGAAACAUCUCUACAAGAAUUGAUGAUUUUUUUCAACUCCUAGUAUCAGAACUGUCUGUCCUUUUGAAAUAAAAUGAUUUUGGACUCUGUCAAGAAAGCUAAACUCAGGACUGGAGAGAUGGCUACUCAGGUAGGAGCGCUGGCUACUCUUCCAGAAGACCCGGGUUCAGUUCCCCAGGACCCUUGUGGUCGCUUACAGCCAUCUACUCCUCCAGUCCUAGAGGAUCUGACACCCACCUCUGUGGGCACUGCACACACAAGGUGGACAGACAUACAGGCAAACAAAGCAUCCAUACACUUAAAAAUAAAUAAAAUUAAAAAAAUAAAAACUUA